UGGAAAUGGCCGACCGUGAAUGAUAUGAUGCUAUUGACCAUUUUUCGGCCGAUUUCUUUCGUUAUUCACUGGAAAGAUUUUAAAAUAAGCAUGUUCCAGUAGAUUCCAGCCAAGUGAUGUAGGUUUUUUUGACGUUGGAGCGUUAAACGAAACGGUUUUGCAAUCAUGUCCUCUGGAGAGAAGCUUGCCAAAGGCAAAAGCAAGAAAGCCGCGCCGAAGGCGAAGGCGGCAGCUAAAGGAAAAGAAGUUCUUAUAAAUGACCAUCGCUUUCGAGGAGAAGGAGUGAAGUUCAAGUGCAAGCUUGUAGGGUCAGCAGAUGUCAGCAGCGCGAGAGGCGAUGCCAUGUGCGCGGAGGCAAUCAAGAAAUUAAAGGUCCAUGCAAUAAAGUUAAAUAAAGAAAGUGGGGAACAUAAGCAGAAGAUUGUGCUAAUUGUCACUUUAAAAGGCAUCAGGAUAGUAGAUGAAAAAAGUCAGAAAGCACAACAUGAACAUCCUAUCAAUAAAAUAUCAUUCAUAACACAUGAUCCAGAAGACAAGAAAAUCUUUGGGUAUGUUUGCAGCCAACCUUGCUCCACUGGACACAAGCUGUUUGCUAUCAAGUCAGAAAAACCUGCUGGAGUUGUCACUGGGACCCUGUAUGAUCUUUUUCAAGUUGUAUUUCAACUUCGCCAACAGGCUGGAUUAGUGAAGAAGGUUCCCAAUUCAGCUCAGGUGUCAAAUGGUCCAAGCCCACAGGGGUCAGAUGGCAUUUAUGAGGUACCAUAUAAAAAUGGUAACAACAGAAAUGCCGCAGCAAGUCCACAAGAUCAGCACUAUGCUGAACCGGUGACACCUACGACAAAACAAGACCCACAUUAUGAAGUUCCAAAGAAUCUGCCUGUUCAGGCUGCCCUUCCACCACUACUGGGAGAAAACAACAAAGAUUCUGAGGUUGGAGAGAAGACAACACAAGCACAUGUGUCAAAUUCAUCUAACCUUUUAAGCCCAUCUUCCAUGGAUAAGGAUCCUGAUCAAGUGUCGCAGGCAUCAAUAGAGGUUCCAUUCGCCACCCAUGAAAGCAGCAGUAAUGAUAUGGCAUUCUUCAGUCCUUCUGUCUUUGAUUGUGCACCUGGUGAAUCAGGAGCAGCAGACACUGUGUCUGUGGCAUCAGCUGAUAUGUCAGUGGUUAGAAGUGGUUCAGUCUCGUCAGGGUCAUCAGAAACUCAUUCUCAAGACACAAGGAGCGGCCAUUCAAGGAGCAGCUCUCUGUUAAAUCAGACAGCUACUGCGGAAGGAUUUCAAGCAGAAUUUGCUACUGCCUUUGAUGACAAUAAUGCCACAGGCUCUUCCUUGGGUGGCAAAGCCGAACAAGACAAUGAGCAGGCAUCGGAGAAUGGAAACCAAGGAGAUAUAUCGACUGCAUUUUCUCCUCAGGGUGAUGCCAAUGUGGAAUGCACAUUUAAAGCACCACCAGUUUCAGAGACAUCAACAGGCUUUGAAAGUAGUUCAGAUCCCUUUGCACCAUCUGAUGUCACUACAAGUGUAGAUGAAAGAACAGACCCAGGUGCUAGUGAGAGCUUCUUUACCACCUCUUUUGCAGCUUUUGAUGCCUCAUUCAGUGAUCUUGAGGAGAAAGGUGUUGAGAAUGGCAGAAGAAAAGAUGAACCUUCAGAUGAUCCGUUUGCUUCUUCAUUUGAUGCUAAAGCAAAAGCCAAUACCUUUGAGAGUGCAGAAGGUUUUGUUUCAGAAACCAGUUUUGAAACAGCAUUUGGCUCAGAGCAGUUUUGCCCACCAAAAGAUAUCUCUACUCUCGAAAAGGAUCGCACCCAAGAAGGUAGUAAAGAUGCGAAAACUGUUGAAGCCAAGGGGUUGCCUCAGUCUGUUGAAAAUUCAGCUGUGAGCUUUGCAUGGGACAAUACAUUUGAAGAGACAAAAGCUGCAAGCCAACCAGGAGCAACACAGAGUGUUGUUACAUCAGAGAGUCAGUUUUCCUGGACAGAAAGUUUCACUUCAGAAGAUGUUGAAACUUCUGCAACUGGUCCCAAGUCUUCGGCGUCAGUUUCAUGGGAUGAUGCUUUUGGUGGAGCUGCCACAACUGAUAAAGAGUCUUCCAGUCAAGGGCCAGAUGCCUUCUCUUGGGAUGAUGCCUUUGGUGAGAUGGCUGGAGACAGCAACAACUCGCAGUUUGACUCUUCAGCUUUUGGUGAUGCAUUUGCUCCAACAUCAACUGUGGAGUCUUCUAACGAAGUGUCAAGUGUGUCUAAGCAUGGUGCACAGCCGAUUUCACAGUCCACUGAACCCAGCAAUCCUCAAUUAAAUGACAUGCCUAGUAAACCUGAGGAGAAAACCCAGACAGCUGAUGAGCCUCAGUUGCCUGAUGACAGAGCAUUUACACCUCUGUCAUCUUCGCAGUUUGAAGAAAGUACUACAGAGGCCCAGAAUACUGGGGUGUCUCCUGAUCCUCCUGCUUUGUCCAAGGAUCCAUUUGAAGAAUUGACAGUGAGCUUUCCUGUGCCGCCAUCUACCUCUGGGAAGAUUGACCUUGAAGAAACCAAGGAAAGUUCUGUUCACAAUGCAAAUGAGGAUACUGUAUUUGCAAAGGAAUUAUCAGGUGAAUUGCCAUCUGGUGAGCUUGAAAAGGAAACUAAAGUAAAAGAAAUGGAUGAAAUCGUAACUCAUUUGGAAGAACAAAGCCCCAUCUCAAAGGCUGUGGAUGAAAGAAAAACGGAAGAAAAUCCAGACAUAGCACCUUCAGAGCUUGUGAUUCAGGAUUCAAAACCAACCUUUUCAGAACGUCCCAUUUCUCCCACUGUCCCUCCUCCCCUGCCACCACGCCCUGUAGCAGCAGCCCCUCCCCUGCCAGCCAGGCCAUCAAGCUCAAGCUCGACAAUUUCAACUGGAAUGUCCCCUGCUGGUUCACAGACAUCAACAGGAUCACCGUCAUCAAACUCUCCUCGUCAAGGAAAGAAAGGAAGUGCAAAGAAACCUCCUCCUGCUUUGCCACCAAGAGUAGAUUUGAAUGAAAAUUCAGCGAACGUUUCAUCAAAUGAGACUGUAGCAGUUCCUGCUCCAUUUGGUGUGGACUUUUUCGAUCAGAAGUUUGACAAUAGCAAAGGUGUUGCAGAAGGUGGGAAUUCUGAUUGGGCAGCAUCUUGGCCAAACUCACAGAAAACAUCUGCAGAAGAGAAAACCAAGGACUUCUCUGACCCAUUCAGUGACGAUUUUUUCACAAACUUUGAUUUCCCCCAAAAGUCUGCAAGUGACACUUCCAAAAGCGAUAAUUUGGAUCCUUUUGCAGCCACAAAUCCACCCUCUGAACUGUUCCCAUCUGCAUUUGGAAAUCAGGAUUUAUUUGCAGCCUUUACACCAGCAAAAGGCAAUGGCGUAUUCGGCAGUGGAGAUCCAUUUAAAAAUGACUUGUCCGAUUCCUUUGCGGCAUUUUCUUCAGACGAUCCUUUCAGCGAUAUAAGUGAUCCUUUUGCCGACAAAGGAGUAUUGAGUGAGGAUCCAUUUGGUGAUAGUCCGAGAAAGCCUCAGGCAGGAAAAGCUUUGACUCUCAAUGAGAGCCUGGUAGCAUCAGAUGAAGCUGACUCUUUUGCCUAAGAUUAUCAGUGCAGCUAGACACAAGACUCCAAGCACCAUCUGGCCAUGCACCUCAAGAAGAAUUUGGAGUUCAUCAUGAAAGAUUUUACUGGGUGAUAUUUCCAGUUGUUUAUAAUUAUUACACUAUAUGUAAUUCACUUACUUAGUGGGACUUAAAGAUGAUUUCCAGUCCGUACUGCACAGUCUCAGCACCCUAAAGUUUAUAAACAUUAUAAACAGCUCAAUCGAUGGAAUGCAAAUCAAUGUUUUUCGUUAUGAACCACAUACCUUGUCGUUGAGGCCUUUCAAAUUCUUUUUCCAUCAGCUUCAUUGAUUUUUUCAGCUGUGAAGUUGUUUCAUCGAGUGAUCUGAGGAAGAACGAAGCAUAAAGCUUUGACUGCUGUGCAUCCAUAAUGGCAGUUGGUUUGAAACUUUGAAUUUACUUCAUGUAAGUAGUUGCAAAAUAUUUUGUGAUUUCUUACCUGAAACAAAACAAAAAACGCAAACAAACUCUCCAGAGUGCACAGUACAGACUGGUAAUCAUCUUUAAUAUCAAACCAAAUACUGUGUACAAGUAUAAAAAGUAAUAAUCCUUUUCUUUAUUAUUAUUAUUAUUAUAAAAUAAUGGCUGUUGUGAACUUAAAGAAGUUCUUGGUGUUCAGGUUCGAGUUUAAGACCUUAUACUGCAUUAGUAUCCACACAACAAGAAAUGUCCUAAAAUGUACAAAUGUACACAGAAUUACAGUGCACUGCUAUUACAGUGACACCCCAUUAAUACGGUCACCAGCAGGACAUGAAAAUUCGGCGGUAUCAACGGGGUGGAAGCAUUAACCGGGUGGGAUCAAAUUUCACGACUGGUCUAAAUUGAGUGAUGUCUUAACAGAUAAUUAUCAUGAUUGCUCUAAACAUCUGUUCUCUAAUAAGCAUCUGGAAUGCAAGUAUAAUUUUAAAAAAUUGAAACUUCAAUCAGUUCAUACAAUAUUUUAAUACUGGAAAGAUAACUGUGCAUAACAUAACUGGUUCAAGUGGCUUUAUUAAUGGGGUGGCUGCAAAGAAAAUAUAUGGGUGUUUCACUGGGACAAUAAAAAGUGGCCGUAAUAAGGAGGUGACCAUAUUAACUGGGAGGGUUCCACUGUAAUCACAUUUAAUCCUUAAUUGUAUCCAGCCCUUCAGUCUAAAAAUUUACAAAUUUGUUACUUACAGUCUGUUUGAAGACAAGUUCGUUGCAGCUGACAGAGAAAGAACUUUCACACAGCAGGGGCGGAUCCAGGAUUUUUCUUAGGAGGGGGUGCACCACUAAGGAAUGGCAUAACUGACUGGUCGGGUGAACAAAUUUUAAAAGCCAAUACGAAGAAGGAGGCUUCAUCUCCUGGGGUUUGGGCACCCCUGCACCCUCCCCCUUUGGUCCGCUUCUGCACAGGGUUCCAGAUAAGUUUUCAAGGCAGGGUAUCAAUAAGGAAUUCCAGUGGGUCAAUUCCCACUGCCCCCACCACAUCAUUAUAAAUUUUGGAUUAAUUUGUCGGGUGAUGUAGCUGAUCUUGUCAGUUUUUUUUUUUACCUGAGACCCCUCACUUAUGUGGAACACUGAUUUCAGAAAUAUAUGAAAUAAUUUUGAUAGCUUUGUAUCAAGAUGCUGAAUUGUCAGUGAAAACCAAUGUUAGCUGAUAAAAUAAUGUUGUAAGUACAUUGAGGUGAUCAUAACCAGAUAACAGUGUUAAUUAACUAACCUUUAGUUACGACCUUAUUGCAGAAAACUUUACAACAACAAUUUUCACCUUUUAACAAAAAUUUUAUGCCACAUAAAAAAAAAACUGGCUUAACAGACCAUAUUCUUAUACCUGGUAUUGGACUUGAACUAGCUUGUAAUAGAGGCUCACGCAGGAGAAUAUCAUUAAAAAGAGAUUUAAUGUCAUUUGCAUUUGAAAAGACUCCCACGUUAGCCUCAGUUGCAAGCUAGUUUCAUUCCAGUUCUGAGAAUAUGAAUAUGGUCUGUUAGUAAAAGAAAUGUUGUUAAACAAUUUUUCAAAUGCCAAGAAGAGAGUUGAAAACAUGACACACUGCAGAGUGUUUUUGACAGACUAUGAGGUAUCUGGAAACGUGGUCAAAUACUGUCUUUCAAGAGUGUUUGAUAUAUCUUCUCAAUCGAAACUAAAACUACUUAUAAGGAGAAAACAGAGAAAUAAAAUUGAAAAAGCCUAUGUCAAGUUAGAUCAGAUUUCCCAGCACCAUUACGGUCUUGAUUUCCUUUGUUUAAACUUGAUAAAAUAAUUGUUAAUGAGUUUGAGAUUGUAGAAUCAAACAUAUGGUAAGAAAAUAAUAAAUGUACAAAGGCACAGUCACAAUUUAUUACAUGUAAGCUAAAAUUGUUUAUUUUGAUAAUUAUUACGAACAAAUAAUUCCAGGUAUACUCGAGACACUAAAUUGCUGUUUGGACUAAUAGUCUCAUGAAGGUGUACUUGAGAUUCCUUUUGCCCCUGAAACUUACAUUUUUUGUAAAACUCUUAAGGUAGUGUUACUUCAAUCUGGAAACCCUGACACUUAGAUUUUGUUCAAUGUUUCAUUAAGUAUUAGACUGGUACAAGAAAUGUCAUGAAUUUUUUAUGUUAUCUGUCAGAACCAUUGGCUUCUGUUGUAUAAAAUGUUACCAUAUUUUGUCAGUAGAGUUCUGUCUUUGUUUUCCAGGUUAAAAACUGCAAAACUGUGGACGUUGAGAAAUAAAACGUAAAGUUCUGUAUAACAAUUCCA